AUGACCCCGGUUGUUAGCCCAGUAAAUGCCAUCGUUACUCGCCUGGCGGAAGGAAAAAGGGUGCAUCCCAAAGAGAGUAUGCGACAUGAAUCGCUACGUCUAUGCACGUUCCGUACUUACCAAACUUAUGGGAAACCUUCUUGUAUAAAACUUGCCAAGGCUGGGUUUUAUUAUGCCAGUCAAGGCGAUGAAGUCAUAUGCUAUUGCUGCGCCAAACGCAUCAGUAACUGGAACGAAAGGGACGAUCCUCUGCGCGCACACAAACUGGUAUCACCUAGCUGUCCUUUCUUGAUACGAAAUUCUGAGGUCAACGCACAAGUAACAGACGACAUCAAUGAAAGUUCCAAUCCACGAUUGAACCGGAUACUGCACUCGCUGGAUACAUCAGACGAGCAAUGCGAUAGAGAGGAAAGAAAUAGCGGCCCAGCAGCAAGUGAAGACGUUUCUCCGUUAUCUACUUCUAGAUUAAAUUUAAAUCAGAAUGGCACACGUGGACACACGGCUGAAUAUACAUGUACAGCCGGUCAAUCCACGCAACAUUUAUCUCUUAUGACUGAACCGACCGUUGGAACAACACCAUACUCAAGCUCAAAUCCGGAGGGCAGUUGUGGAGAUAGCAGCUCGACUAAGGAACCAGUUUUUGCACCGAAUUCUGGGCGUAAAAAGGCUCCCCCUGUUAAGGGGACAGAAAUACAUCCACAAGAUGAUAGCGGUAGAUAUGCCGACAGUGUAAAAGAAAAGCUCCUCAGCGAAAACCGCGCCUUAAAAGCGCAAUGGAAAUGUCUGCGGUGCCAUAGAAACGACGUGUGUAUCGCGUUCCUGCCGUGCGGUCACCUGGUUUCCUGUGAGACGUGCAGCACCGACCCCAGUGCCCGGAAGUGCUUCUCGUGCGACGCCGCCGUGAAAGCCAGAAUCAAGGCGUUCAUUGCAUAA